UCUGUUAAUCAAUCCUAUUGUGGACAAGUAGUUGAAUCAGCUUCACUGUGUAGAAGUGAGUUAAUUGUUGAUUUAAUUGAUUCAUAUCCAGCUGUUAUUAAAUAUAUUACUGCACCAUUAAAUGCUCUCAUUACUAAUAAUGGUGAUAGUGAAUUAAUAACAAAUAUUAAUCUACCAUUGGACAGUGGAUAUCCAUAUGGAACAGUUACUUAUAGUUGUUACGAUAAAAGUCUAUGUAAUAAUAAUAGUAUUCUUCAAUCGCAAUAUAAACAUUUAAGUGAAUUGAACUAUAUUGAAGUAGAAACUAAAUUAUCUGAACUUCUUUAUAAUAAUCAAAGUAUUGUACAAGAAGAUCGAAUAGAAUGUUAUAAUCGAAAUAAUAAAGUCGAAAAAUGUUGUAUAAAUUGGCAUUGUCAAGCAACAUUGAUUAUUGAACGAGGACGAUCAGAUUUAUUAACUACAACUUGUAUUCCUGAUCGACGACCAGGUUCUAGAACUGGUCUUACUAUUCAGUCAAAAUCCAUUGGUAAUGAUUAUAAAAAAACAAGUAUUUCAUUUACUUGUAAUAAAAAUAAAUGUAAUAAUCCAACAAUUGUUCAUCAAGUUCGUCAAAUUCUUGUUGAAAUCAAUCUAGUUGAUUCAAAAGCCAAUAAUUUAAAAUUUGUUUCAAUCAUUCUCCUCAUCAUUUGUAUUAUUAUAAACAUUUAA